AUGAAUACAAACGACGUCGAAGCGAUAACACAAAAACUGCUCACCGGAGAGUUUGACGUUGCAUUGCUGGAUCAAGUCGUGGGAGCAGCUUAUGAUCCAGUUUCACCACACCGAGCCGCGGCAAACAAAGCUCUUAUGCAGCUCCAGGAAGCCCCUGAUCUUUGGCAAGCAGCAGACAGCAUUAUUGAGAAAGCACAGAAUCCUCAAUCUCGAUUCUUUGGCGUUCAAGUGCUGGACGAUGCCAUAAAAACAAGAUGGAAAAUUUUGCCCGCAGAACAACGGGAAGGAAUAAAAAACUUUGUGGUUGGAAAGGUCAUCAAAAUGUCGUCAGACGAGGCACUGAUGAAGCAGGAGAAAGUGUUCAUAGGAAAGGUGAAUCUUACUCUAGUCGAAAUUCUCAAACAAGAAUGGCCGCACAACUGGCCAACCUUCAUCAGCGACCUUGUAGGAUCAUCCAAAACAUCGGAAAUCUUGUGCGAAAACAAUAUGCAAAUCUUGAAGCUUCUCAGUGAGGAGGUCUUUGAUUUCUCGAGAGAUCAAAUGGUUACCGAAAAGGUUAAGCGGAUGAAAGAGUCUCUGAACGGAGAAUUUGCUCAAAUUUUCCAACUGUGUGAGUUUGUACUGGAACACAGUCAGCACGCAGGCCUAAUCAAAGUCACGCUUCAAACGUUGCAACGGUUCUUGACAUGGAUCCCUCUUGGAUUUAUCUUCCAGACAAAACUGAUCGAGGUUCUGCUCAACAAAUUCUUUGUAGAACCUACCACGCGAAAUUACGCACUCGACUGUCUCACUGAAAUCGGAACACUGCAAGAUUUGGAACCUCAAUAUGAUCCAUUGUUCCGGCAACUAUUUGUGACGUUCCUGCAACGGCUGGGUGACAUCUUCACUCCGGAGACGGACUUGGCACCAGCUUUUGAAUACGGAAAUGAAGAUGACCGACUGUUCAUUCAAAAGCUUGCACUGUUUCUAAGUGGAUUCUUGAAGGCACACUUGAAGGUGUUGGAAGUCCAAGAAUCCCACCAAGCUUUGAUCACUGGAAUGUUCUACUUGGUCCGAGUUUCUGAAGUCAAAGAGACCGAAAUCUUUAGAAUUUGUCUCGAAGCCUGGCACAUGUUGGCAGAGGAUCUCUACAAAAGUGAACACAAAAACCAAGGAUUUUAUGAUCGAGGCGCGGCCAACCGUGUAUUGAAUUUGAAUGGGGACGCAGCAAAUGGAUCCUCCCGAAAGUUCCUUUACAGCCCUGUCCUCUCGGGUGUUCGACUGGUCAUGAUUUCCAACAUGGCAAAGCCAGAGGAGGUCUUGAUUGUAGAAGAUGAGAAUGGAGAUAUUGUUCGCGAGACGACUAAAGACACGGAUGUCAUUGCCCAAUACAAGACCAUGAGAGACACUCUUGUUUACCUUACGCACUUGAAUUGCGAGGAUACAGAAUCCAUUAUGCUUGCGAAGUUGACGGAGCAAGUCGAUGGAAGCGCUUGGAGCUGGAACAAUUUGAAUACACUCUGUUGGGCCAUUGGAAGUAUCUCUGGUGCAAUGAGCGAGGAUGAGGAAAAACGAUUCUUGGUCACUGUCAUCAAGGAUUUGUUGGGAUUGUGUGAACAAAAACGUGGAAAGGAUAACAAGGCCGUUGUUGCAAGUAACAUUAUGUACGUUGUCGGUCAAUAUCCACGUUUCUUGAAGGCGCAUUGGAAAUUCUUGAAGACAGUCGUCAACAAGUUGUUUGAAUUUAUGCACGAGUCCCAUCCAGGGGUACAAGAUAUGGCUUGUGAUACUUUCCUCAAAAUUGCCACAAAAUGCAAACGCAAGUUUGUCACUCUUCAAGCAGACGAAUCUGUACCAUUCGUUUGCGAGCUGGUCGAAUCCCUGCCAACCAUUAUUAGUGACUUGGAGCCACAUCAAGUGCAAGCAUUCUACGAAGCGUGCGGUUGCAUGCUGAACGAUCGGGGACCAUCCGUAACUAUUGAUAGGCAGGCACUACAAUCACGCUUAAUGGAGAUGCCAAAUCGCACGUGGAAGGUCAUAAUGGAUCAAGCGGGAAACAAUGUCGAGAGCCUUGUGGAACCAAAUACUAUCAAAGAGAUCAUCAAGAUUCUGAAGGCCAACAACCGCCUGUGUCGAAGCGUUGGUUCGCUGUUUACUCAUCAAUUACAAUCAUUUUUUCUUGACAUGCUCAACGUCUACAGAGUUUACUCUGAAAGAAUAUCGGCUGCUGUUCAACAGCAGGGUGCCAUCGCCACGCAAAUGAGUCUUGUUCGUACGAUGCGAAGCGCCAAAAAGGAAGUUCUUCGACUCUUGAAUACAUUCAUUGACAAGAGUGGUCCGCCGGAAGCCGAGCCAGUGGCUGUUGCCAAGGGUUUCAUUCCACCAGUACUAGAUCCAAUUCUCGCGGACUACAAGAGAAAUAUUGCUGGCGCCCGAGAUCCCGAGGUACUAACUCUAUUUGCCACUGUGGUUGAGAAACUGAAGAUGAAUGUUGUCGAAGAGGUUCCAAGAAUUAUGGAGGCCGUGUUCGAAUGUACAUUGGAAAUGAUCACUAAGAACUUUGAAGAUUUCCCCGAACACCGAAUUCGAUUCUUUGAAUUUCUCAAGGUGAUCAACAAGCACUGCUUCCCAGCUUUAUUCAAUAUCCCAGCAGAACAUCAAAAAUUGGUUGUUCAUUCUGUGGUCUGGGCCAUGAAGCAUACCGAAAGAAAUAUCUCUGAUACGGGUUUGGACAUCCUGCACGAACUCUUGCAAAACGUUGGAAGAACACCAAAUGUCGCUCAAGCUUUCUACCAACAGUAUCUCCUUUCACUAAUUCAGGACGUCUUUGCUGUCAUGACUGACAGGCUGCACAAGUCGGGCUUCAAAAUGCAUGCCACUCUCCUUCGACUCAUGUUUCACCUUGUGCAGAUGAAUCAAGUGACCGUCCCACUAUUCGACCCGGCUUCGCAGCCACCUGGUCAAACUAACCCAGCUUUCUUGCGGGAGCACAUAAGUAACUUGUUGGUCGCCAGUUUCAACACACUGUCGAAGAUGCAAGUUGCCAAAUUCGUUGAUGGCAUGUUUGAUGUCAAGAUGGAUCUACCAACUUUCAAGACCCAUUUGCGAGAUUUUCUGAUCGAGUUGAAGGAAUUCAGCUCGGAAGAUAAUACAGCCCUUUACACCGAAGAGCAAGAGCAGGAACGUGUACAGCGAGAGCAAACAAUGAUGGCUCAGCGGAGCGCAGUUCCUGGAAUGAUGAAGCCAUCUGAGGUCGUUGACGAUGAUCUGUAA